CCAUUUGAUCCAGAAAUUGAGAGAACUUUUAGGGAGUUUUUAAGAGAGCAAAAGCAGAACAUCAUGGCAGAAGAAGGACAAAAUAAUGCACGCACUCUUGGUUCAUAUGCCACCCCAUCCCUUGAAGGAAUAGCAUCAAGCAUUAGGAGGCCAGCGAUUCAAGCCAAUAACUUUGAAAUCAAACCAGCUAUCAUUCAAAUGAUCCAACAAACUGUCCAAUUCAGUGGUUUGCCUAAUGAAAAUCCUUAUGCGCAUAUUGCUAGUUUUCUUGAAAUUUGUGAUACUUUUAAGGCUAAUGGUGUUAGUAAUGAGUCUGUUAGGCUUACAUUAUUUCCAUUUUCUUUGCAUGAUAAAGCCAAGAGUUGGCUUCAAUCUUUUCCUGCAGGUCAUUUUACCAUAUGGAAUGUUUUGGUAGAUAAAUUCAUAGCUAAAUUUUUUCCUCCUUCAAAAAUAGCUAAGUUGAGAAAUGACAUUACUACUUUUGUUCAAUUUGAUAAUGAGUCAUUAUAUGAGGCAUGGGAAAGAUUUAAGGAAUUGCUUAGGCAAUGUCCAAAUCAUGGUUUACCUGUUUGGCUCCAAAUGCAGACUUUUUAUAAUGGUAUGACUCCUCCUAAUCGUUCUAUAAUUGAUGUAGCUGCAGGGGAUAAUCUUAUGAAUAAGACAGAGGAGGAUGGUUAUAAGCUGUUAGAUGAAAUGGCCUCUAAUAGUUAUCAAUGGACUAAUGACAGAGCUACCAAAAAAGGAGUUGGUUUACGUAAUGUUGAUGCUUUUACUUCUUUAUCUGCUCAAAUUUCUGCUUUGAAUAAAAAGUUAGAUAAUUUAGGAGCAUCAGCAAUGAGUAUUUCAUCUAAUAGUUGCUGUGAAUUGUGUGGGCAAUUUGGUCAUGCUAGUGUUGAAUGUCAAGUAGGCAAUUCAAUUCAAUCUUCUAAUAAGCAAGCUAAUUUUGUUUCUUCUGGUGGUAGGUCUAAUUUUAAUCCAUACUCCAACACCUACAAUCCAGGAUGGAGGAGCCAUCCUAAUUUUUCAUGGAGUAAUAAUCAAGUGAGAGUACCACCCGGUUUUCAUCAACAAAAUCAGCAAGAAAAGAAGCCAAAUUUGGAGGAGUUGGUGCACAAAUUUGUGAGUAGUACAGAAAUAAGGUUUCAAAAUCAAGAUGCUGUUAUUCAGAAUAUAGAAACGCAACUUGGACAGAUUGCUGAUAUGGUUUCGGGAAGAGUUCAAGGGGGUUUGCCAAGCAAUAGUGAAAAGAAUCCAAGGGAGCAAUUGAAGGCUAUCACUUUGAGGAGUGGGAAAGAACUUAAAGAGGUAGAACAAUCUGAUGGGAAAGAAGAAGGUGUGGAAGCAAGUGAAUCAAAGCAAGAGGAGGAGCCUAAAAGACUUUUUCAUGAUCCGAAUAUGCCAAGCUAUGCAAAAUUUUUGAAGGAGAUCCUUGCCAAUAAAAGGAAGUUAGAGGAGUUCGAGAUGGUGAAGUUAAAUGAAGAGUGCUCUGCUAUUCUUCAAAAUAAGUUACCUCCUAAGUUGAAGGAUCCAGGGAGUUUUUCUAUUCCUUGUAUUAUUGGCAAUGUUAAUUUUGAUAAGGCCUUGUGUGAUUUGGGUGCUAGCAUUAAUUUGAUGCCUUUUCAUGUAUUUAGGAAAUUGGGAUUAGGAGAACCUACACCUACCACAGUUUCUCUUCAAUUGGCAGAUAGGAGCAUUAAAUAUCCAAGAGGAGUGGUAGAGGAUGUUUUGGUAAAAGUUGAUAAAUUUAUUUUUCCUGUUGAUUUUAUUGUUCUUGACAUGGAAGAGGAUUUUGAAAUGCCUUUAAUUCUUGGUAGACCAUUCCUUGCUACUGGUAGAGCGCUUAUUGAUGUUCAACAAGGAAAACUUAGCCUUAGAAUACAUGAUGAGGAGAUUGUUUUUAAUGUGUUUGAUGCUAUGAAAAAUUGUGAUCAUGAUGGCAGUGCUGUUUUAAGGAUUGAUGUGUCAAGCUAAUGACUGUAAAGAAGCGCUUAAUGGGAGGCAACCCAUCAAAAAAACAAAAAUUGUUAUUUGACAUUUUUCUGUUUUGCAUUGAGUUAUUUAAUUCUUUUAUUCAUUUUUUUUUAGUUUGUUCUUUGACAUUUUCUUUUUAUUCAAUUCUUUUAUUCAUUUUCGUUUUUCUAAUUUUGGCUGGGUUAGUUUUUUAUUACCUUUUUUGCAGCAGUUUAGGCAACUAUAACAAGAACUUUUGGCUCUAGAGGAACACACUGCAUGUCUACAACAGGAAGAGCAAGAUAGGGGAGUAUUGUCUUUCUUCCCUUAUUUAUUUGUUUUACAUUGAGGACAAUGUUAAUUUUAAGUUUGGCGGAGGAUAUUUUGUGUUCUUGCUUUUGUUGUGGUUUGAAGUGAUAGAAUAUUGGAUGCAUGUGUGCGAGUUUAAGUUUCCAGCAUGGUAUGAAUAUAGUCAGAUGAGCCUAUACAUAUUUUUGUUGCAUAGAUGCUGCAAGUGAAGGAUAUUGUUCUUCUUUGAUGAUUACGUCAAAAUUUAGUAAUACCUUGAUGAGAGGAGUUGAGGGCUUUGACUUUAUAAUUGUUUUGGUUGGAAAUUAUAUGCAUCUUGUGAGUAGGUGUCAUUGUUUCUGUGAUGAUUAUCCUAUCUAAUUAUCCCUGGAAACUGCUUUGAAAAAAAAAAAAAAGAAGUCAAAUGUUUCGUGGCCUUUGUUACUUGAGUAAGUAUGCUCUUAGGGGUGUCUCUUCACCUAGUGCCCUAAAGCCAACUGGUUUGGGAGUCAUUGGCAAAAAACUCGUUACAUGGGUAACUUAGAAAGCCUAAGGAAACUUGACAAGAAAAGAAAAAAAGAAAA